AUGUUAAGUCGAGUGUACUAUGCGCUGACGUCGCGGAAAUGCAGACGAGCUCUUUUGCAACUGCACCCUUGUGCAGUGAUAUGCCUGCUUUUGGUGCUGCCAACGGCGUUCUUGGCAUGGCAGGUGUGGCCCGCGGCUUUCCCGCUGAAGGACAGCAUCACCACCAAGUAUGUGGUGCAUCCCGCGAUGGCCAAGACAUCGCCACUUCCGUCGAGCAGCGACACUGAUGCGCAGAUGAUUGUCCAAAGUUUGAGGGGGCGACCGCAGCUGUCCAAGAUAACCAGCAUCGAUAUCGAUGAGAAGGUCGCUAGACCAAGCGUUGAGGGGUUGAGGAAAGGCCAGGCGCCCGCUGCCCCGACGGCUGCAUCGACGCCUAUCCCACGAGCUUCAGGUCCUGCUCAGUCUGGCCCUGCCCUGUCAGCAGAGCUUCACCUAGCAUACAAGAGGCUAAUCAAAGAGUAUCCUUUCCAACCGGUACGGAACGAACGUGGCCAGUUUGUCAACGUUAUACUUGUUAGAUCACCAUUCCGGUCUCGUCACCAAAAAGACCUUUACCAACAGUACAAGAACGAGAUCCUGUUUCUGGGUAUCAGCAGCUUCGAGGACUACCCGCAGCCACCUCCCAAUCCCUUCUCGGGGAAGUUCCCCAUAGAUGAAUAUGUGGGUCUUUUCCCCGGCUUCUUGCACAUGGUACGAGAGCCAGAGAAGAUCUUUCCUCCGUCAGUGAAGCUGCUUCUGAUGUCGCAGUCGGACUUUUCACUGCCUCCCCCGCAGCCGAAGAUGGCCACCAAGUAUGACUUCACAUUUUCCGGUUCAGACCAAGAUGUUCGAAACGAUUGUGUUGGUUGGUCUUCGUUCGCAAAGAAUUGGACGUUCGUCAAGGAAGCAUUGCAGGUGAUGUGUGGUGAGCUUGGAAUGACUGGGGUGCUUGUUGCCACGAAGGACAAGCAGGAUCGCAAAGCUUGCAGCAUUCCCGCGAGCUGUGAGGGCAAGAUCGUCCAAACAAAAUUCCUGAGCCAGCAGGAAUUCUUCGCCUAUGUCAGACAAAGCAAGUUUCUCUUCGUUCCGCAGGUUCAUGACGCCUCACCUCGCGUGACCACUCAGGCCUUGGCACUGGACGUUCCCUUGCUCAUGAACUGGCACCUCAUCGGUGGCUGGAAGUAUCUGAACAACAAAACGGGUGAAUUCUUUCACGCACCUCGGUUGAAAUCAGUCGCCGAACCCGUGCAUGCGCCGCAUGUGUUGGGUCGGAGUUUAGCCGAUAGCCGAAGUGAUCAGAGGAAGGCGAGGCCCGGUUGGAGGUAA